CAAAGGUAAGGACUGCUUCGCUCUGGCCCAUGUGUCCAAAUAUUUGAGCGUUGCUCACGUGUAAUAUUUCAUUCUUUUUAAAAUUUUCUAAACCUAAUAAUAUUAGUUGAAGUUUUGAUAAAACCACCCGCGCAAAUGUCAGGCUCAGAUCCUCAACAGCUUCCAACGCAAUUGGUCCAGUAGUUCAUGAGAAAAUCGAUUUGUCAUAGCAAUACGAACCAAAACAAAAUAAUAACAAAAAGUUCCAUAUGCACACUUCGUGUCAAAAAUAGAUUCGUGGUUAAAAUGACCAUGGGUGCAAAUUCCGUGUGUGCAAAUAUCCGUGGAAUCAAAUGUCCAUGGUCCAAAUAUCUAUGAGUAAAAUCUGUAUGCGGAUGCUAAAAUGUGUGAGUGCGAAUGUACGAGGGAAAAUGGUCGUGAGUUGAAUCUCCAUUUGUGCCAAAAUAUACAAGUCCAAAUGUCUGGGUGGAGUUUAGGGGUACAAAUGUACGUGGCUGUAUAGAUAAUUAAAUCUGAUCUUUCACAAUGUUAGUUUUUAACGUAACUGCAUGCAUAUUCUUUCGGCAAUAUAUCAAAACAAUUUAGACCUGUUCUACCGCAACCAAUGCAAAUUGGGUGUGGCUGGUCGAUUAACUGCAACCUCUCAAGUCUCUCAUAAUUGACGAGAAGCAGAAUUAUUUAGGAUGUGACCAUUUAAAAUCAUAUUUAAUUAAGAUGUAUUUGUUGGGCUGAGCAAGCCCUAAAAUUGCCCAUCGUAGCUAAGCCCAGAACAAUAAACCAUCCAUUGCCACGUAAGGUCGCCAAUUUUUUGUUAUUGAAGUUAGCCCGCACGCGGCAUGCUCAUUCUGUUCAGUGAUGACGGUUUGACAUAUUUGAAAAACUUUGGCGCGACCCUUUUACGACCUCAAUAUUAUGUCCCAUAUAAAAAAAAAAUUCAUAUUAACUCCAACUGCUUAAAGUCUUGCACGAAUUGGCAUUUACUGGCGGGUGAUGCACAACCAUAUAAUUCUAUGGAGUUGCAGUAGUUCUUGACAUUACAAUGAUGGACUAUAUCUUUACUAAGGGGUUCAUUUUACCUUUGAGUGACCUUGCUUUGAGCAAAUGCACCAAAAAGCUAUUUCUAUAUAUGCCAAAUGUUUCCUUCCAUUGGGUUCUUUGGUUGGGCCAAUUUGGUGAUUUGGAUUGAUUUGAUUUUAUCAAGAACUUUUUCUCAAUUACAUAAUAUUGUUUGUGUUUUGUAUGUAACGAAAAGAAAGUAUCUCCACCGUUUUUCUACUUGUGAACGACAUGAAAGCACGUUGCGGAAAUCAGUAUAUAUAUAUAAUUUGGGAUCUGUUUAUUUGGAUAUAUGGUAUAAAGUUAGGGCAUUAUCGAAAUUUAUUUUCUCUCAAUUCUUCCACGUUGAAUCACUCACGUUACAUCAUGGAUUUUGGUUCAUCAAAAAUGGGAUACUUCUAUUGCAUUAUAUUUUUUGCCUUGGUAUGUUUCGGAGAAUCUUCUGUGUCAUUAGAAGAAGAUUCAGAGAUACCAAAUAUGCAUCAAGCGCGGUUGCCGCAUGAUGAUGGUAUCACACGUGACCAGGUGGUCCUUACUAAAGGAGAAUCUUUAAAAUUGGAGUGUGAAUUUUAUCCAUCUGCUGGAUCCUGGUCUUAUAUUCAAUGGAUAAAACUUCAUGAAGAUGGACAACAAUUUAAGCAUUCAAUUAUUCCCGCUAACCAUACAUUUAACAAUGGAAGCGCAGUGAUAUCUUCAAUAGUUUUAGAGAGUGUGACUGGGAGCGAUACAGCAAAUUACAGCUGCAUUUUAACAACUGCUCUAGUCACUUCAUCUAUGGAGUUUUUCGUGGCAGUAAAAGAUAAAGAAUUUUGCACCGAAGGUUUGUGCAAGCCUCAUGGACGAUGUAUAGAACUGUUGCAAGGAUAUAAAUGCGAAUGUGAUGACGAAUACACUGGGGAAGAAUGUGGCAUAUUGGAUACAUGUUUUGAUAGACCAUGCCUAAAUAAUGGAUCAUGCAUGAUCACAGACUACGGAUUCAACUGCUCUUGUUCAGAAGGUUUUAAAGGAAAUACGUGUGAGAGACAAGUUUGCAUGGCAUCAAGCUGUAAUGGAGGAGGAAGUUGUCGAGAAACAAGUGACGGAAAAAUCAAAUGUGACUGUCGAUACAAUCGUGCAGGAAAAUAUUGCGAACAUGCUUGUUCAUUCAGUAAUUCCAAGUUCCGAUACAGAAACUAUUAUUGCUCUCGAUCAAAAACUUGUGUGAUUGGUGCUAACGAUGGAGUUGAAAGGUGCAAAUGUGAAGAGCGCGGAUCAGGGACUCACUGCAUUAUGUCAUCUGAUGUAACCAACGAAUGCCUAGAACCGAAUAUUUGUAGUGGCCGUGGGUCCUGCUACGACCUAACGUACAAAUAUUCUUGCAGCUGUCAAAGUUAUGCAUCUGGAACUAACUGCGAGUUUUUUAACGAAUGUGGUACCUCUAACCUUUGUCGACGAUAUGGAGGGACAUGCGUUGAUUUAGUGCAGGGAUACAAGUGUACCCGCUGUCCGAGUGGUCAGACUGGCGACAAAUGUCAAUAUAUGAAAAAUCCAUGCAAAGUUACAUGUGGGCAAUCCUCUAUGGAAGUUAGAUGUGACAUGAGAUUUUUGAACUCCAAACUCCAAAGUAUACCAAUUUAUCUAAAUUCACGAACGGGGAAUUGUGAAUUUAAAUCAUCUCGAUAUGGCUAUUCGACUAACGUGAUAACCAAAUCGAUUCAAUACAAUCAUUGUGGAACCAAAAUAUCGCAUGAUGGAGACACAAUUAUUUAUAGUAAUUCUUUGCAAUCCGGCAUUUUUGGAAAUGAAGAAGAAAAGAAUGAUGUAAUCACUAGAUUGGCAGGGAAUUUUCAAUUUGACAUGGAAUGCAGAAUUCCGAUAGUUUACAACGAUACUUCAGCCAUGAUAAAAGAUUAUUCACUUGAAAGAAACGAAUCAAUUCAUCUUCACGACGAACGGAACGUAACUUUGUCAACGCUCGUUUCUUUCAAAAACCGUGAUUGGAACUCGAUCACAAAAUAUAAUGUGGGAGACCGGCUCUAUGUGGAACUUGUUCUGCAAACAUCAAACCAAAUAAUGUCACAAAAUGGUGUUUUAAAACCGACCACGUGUUAUGCGACUCCUGACAGCCAGGGAAUUGAACCUCGUUACGUCCUGCUAGAAAAUGGAUGUAUAAGAGAUAAAACAUUCAGAUAUGAACAAAGGAACUCAAGAAGAUCAGAAAACAAUCGCUUUGCUUAUUUUAGUUUUGAUUCAUUUUCUUUUAAAGGAGAACGUGGUAAGCUUUACCUGCACUGUAAUGCUCGGCUUUGCAUUAACCCAACGAGUGGAGGGGAAGAUUUCAGUUUUGAUGAAUGCAUGAAUAUAUGCUCGGAACAAAAGGAGGGAGUUGGAAAGGAAACAGUCACGACCGCUUCAUCUAUCGCAACUUCACCAACAACAGAUGCAGAGCAAACGUUAAACAAUUAUGAUGGUGUAUUAGAGAGAAUGAAACGAUUUAUUUUAGGAACAGAUGAUGAUCGAGAAUUAAUCGAACGCUACACUAGAAAUACUGUGUAUAUUUCUGAUGUAUGAUAUGCGUAUGACGUACUGUAUAUAUAUAAUAUGACAUUGAAUUCAGUUCAUCUUAUAUCAUAUACAUAUGUGUAUAAAGCUUAUGAAUGAUCUAUAAUCAAUCAGUAGUCUAGUGAUUAUAGAUCAUCAACAAUGGACAAUGCGCUAUUGAACAUUUAGUUGCUUCCCUGGUGAAACUAAUUGUCUUAUAUUGUUUUUAUAGUUUUAAAAGCAUUUUUACAUGAAUAUCCACCAGAGUUGGAUCAAUUGUAAUUUGUAAUUGAUGUAAUUAAUUACAGUUUUUCAUGUAAUUGAGGCAUUUUCAUUCUGUGUAAUUGUAAAUCGCUAAAAUUUUGCUCCCAGGCUUGCUUCUUUAGCCAAAGAUUAUUAGGGACUGACAGCAACAGCAGCCCCGUCAGAAAGAGUUUUUCAAUUGCGGGUAACUUUUUUACGGCAAGAAGAAAUUUAUUGGGGUCAGAAACUUUUUGCAGCCUAAUUUUUAUCAAGUGCAAUCCAACAGUUUUUGAGCAAGUGAAACUGUAAAUAUGAACCAAAAUGUUAUUGGACAGGUUAGUGGACUCAAUGAUCGUUUUGACCAAAACGAGGGUAUUUUGUUUUGUUGUUCUUUGACAUAGUUAUUGAAAAGUCGCUUUUCUCUUCGAUUACUGGAUCAAAUGCUCUGAAAUUUUCAGUGGUUGCAGAUGGAAUUUUUUUCUAGAAGGCUAUUAC